GCAUACCCAGUUGGUCGGUCUAAAACUCAAUCGAAUUAAUCGUGUAGUGGGUUUCUCGACUAAUUAGAGAGCACUAAAAAUAUAUCGACAUGUGGCAGAAUCAAUUAACCAUGAUGAUGGCAGUUGCCACAUCAAAAUUAGUGACACAUUAAAAAAAAUAUUAGGUUUAAUGAAGGGAAUUCCCAAAUAAACAUUCAUGUAUGAUUUAAACGAAGACUUGUUGAAAUAAUUCCCAUAAUAAAUACAUCAGUAAAUUUAAGGAACACAUUUCUCAGUAAUGGAAGAGGAUACAUUCAUGACAUCUGAAUUUAAAUGGGCCUUGGAACUAUCUUUAUAUUUUUAGCACCAAAUAUUUUGUGUCCUAUGUAAAAUGAUUUACUCUUGAGAGGAUAUUUUUGUUCGUAAAUUUGGUAUAUGUAAAAUAUGUAUAAUUUAUUUUUAUGUGGUCAAAAAAUUGAAAUGCUGCUUGCUACCAAUUCUUCAUUUAAUUUUUAUAAGAAUAUGUAGACCUAAAGUUUCAAAUCUCUAUCUGUAAUAAGCUUUGUAAAAAGUGUUCCUAAAUAGCAUAAGCAUAACUUUUGGAAGACCUCGAUGAAACAAUUGUAUACUUUUCGUACCUUGUUACUAAAGUAUCAAACCUUAUACAAUUAUCUGAUGAAGGCUAAUAAAGCUUGCCAUCAAAUCUCGAACAGAUUCAAAAACACUUGAUCAAGAUUGAUCUGCCGUUGAAAAUUGCUAAGAUUUCCUGGUGAUUGUGUGCGGUACAUCUCGCCAGGAUUGAUGUUGCUUCCUGUGUCGGCUGAGAUUAACAGGGUAACAUAUCAUUCCUUUUUCUUCUAUUUACAUACGCACUUAGUAUCCUUAAUUUCAGUUUUACAUCGAACAAAGUAAUAAAAAAUUACUACAACAUUGGGGAUAGUAAAGGGUUUUAGAUACGUUUGUAAUAUCUCUUCGAAGUUGUUUUAGUGGUGGCUUUGUUGACAACUUUUGUUGGCACGCAAAAUGAUCUGUUUUUGUUACUAAAGAAUGUUUAUCAAAGGCGAAGAAAGCGUUGCUCAAAAAUAUGUUAUUUUGGUAUUAUUUAUCGUUGUGACAAACCGUUCUUUGUUUAGCGUUUGAUUUGACGAUGGAGCGUUCGUGAAGAUUACAGCACUUUUCAAACAUUUGCCAUCGCUAGGUGAAAUAAAAGCGACAACACUAUAGGUUUCGAGAUUCGCAUUCUGAUCUCUUCUUCAGGUGGAUAACACUGAACUUAAAUCUGACUUAACAUGUUGAUUACAGCCUAUGUUAAAAGGGACAAAUCAUAGCCUACCAACACGUUAUGAAACGCAAAAAUCAGAAAUAACACAAACAUGUUGUGUCUUAAAAUCUCAAGCACGCUUGUUUUUAAAACAUACGCCUAAGUAAAGUUACUCUAAUUACUAAAAACUGAACUAAAGAACACAGGUAAAAAUGCGUCUGCCGCAACAACCAACCGCUGACAUCCAGUUGACCGCUAAGGAAGAGUGCAAACCAGCAGUACUAUUACGAUCUAAUUAUCUCGUUUACAGUAUUUUGUAAAAUUCAAUACCGUAGAUAUAAGGAGUAUGUAUAAAUUUUCUUCCAGAAGUCUUGGAAGGGGGCUUGUCAGUUAUUUUAAUUUUUCCUUUCGUAGUUACUUAGUUGCAUUUUUCGAAUUAAUUAAAGACUUUCUAGAUAAAAUAACAUGAACAUUGAUGUAUGUAUAACUCAAUUCAUCACCAUUUUUGUUUUCAAGGUUUCAGAAUGUACAUUAUCACUCAGUUUAUGACGAGUUAGUUGCCCACUUAGAGAGGUGAACAUUACGAAAUUCAGUGUUGUAUGUCUAACACAACUCAUCGUCAUUUUUGUUGUCAAGGUUUCAUAUUGUAUAUGAUCAUUUAGUAUAUGACGAGUUAGUAGCCUCCUUGGAAAGGUGAACAUGACGGAAUACAGUGAUGUAUGUAUAGCUCAACUUAUCACCAUUUUGGUUGUCAAGGUUUCAGACUGUAUAGUAUCAUUCAGUUUUAUGACGAGUUAGUUAGUCCACUUGGAGAGGUGAACAUGACGGAAUUCAGUGUUUUAUGUAUAUCUCAAGUUAACACAAUUUUUGUUGUCAAGGUUUCAGAAUGUAUAGUAUCAUUCAGUUGUCUGAUAUUUGGACAGCUUGUGUUCUAUGGCUAAGAAAUGAGCUAAGCCAAUGAAGAGGCACAUUUCUGAUGCCAUAAAACUCAAGUUUUUUAAGCAGUUCUACGUGGCCAACACAGUCAAAUGCUUUUAAUAAGUCGAGAAACACACUUAAUGUGGAAUUUUGACUUUCUAUUCCCUCUACCACCAGUUCGACUAGACUCAUAACAGCGUCUAUGGUCGACUUAACCUUUCUGAAACUAAAUUGAUUUAAAAAAAUCAGGUUCUGCUUGAUUAAAAAAUAAAGAUAACAAAAGAUAAAUAACGAUUUUGAUUAAAAUAAAGUAUUCUAAUUAAAUAGAGAUUUUCAAAUACUUUGCCCAGGGCAGGCAAAAUUGAGACAGGCCUAUAAUUAUUGGUAGAGUAGCGAUCAUCUGUCUUAAAGAUUGGGGUAACUUUUGCGAUCUUUAGGAGCGAGGGAAAAACUCCUUGUUCGAGAGAUAAAUUGACCAACUGAGUUAACGGUUUCACAAUAUGCUAUAAGCAACUUUUAAUGAGCCACAGAUACAUUAGGUUAGUAUCGACAGUUUUUUUAGCCGGGAGCUCCUGAAUGAUUUUUUCGAGUUCUUCCUCAACUACAGGAGUCAGUGACAAUGAGGUUACUGGCCUCUGUCUACGCGAGAGAUUUUCUAGUGGAGGUAAAAGACACGGACCUUGCCCACGAGCAACAAACACGUGAAAUCCGUUGAACUCGUUCGCAACCUCAGUCGCUCCCUCCACAAGUCUGUUUCCAAUUUUUUACUUUAAUUGGAUUCUGUAUAUUAUUUUUAUUAUUUAUAAUGUCCCAUACAGUUUUAGAAAUAUUCUUUGACGAGAUAAUUGAUUUGGAGAUAUCAUAUGCUUUCGCUGCUGGAAUCACUGAAGGUAACAAGACUUGUCGGACAUGUUCUAUAGUUUAAUACAAAGAAACAAUGCGUUUCAACACCUGGAAUCUGACCCCUUCCUCAGGGGGACAAUCGACCUAACACUAUAUAAAAACUAGGUUAAAAUGAACAAACCGUACAAAUGUGUUGUGACGUGCUAAAGUCAGAAAUCAAACAAAUACGCCGUGUCUGAACUCCGUGCACACUAUCUUUAAUCACGAACUCAAAACUAUCAAUAAUUAUUGUAAAACUGAUAAACACAAGUCACAAUACCUCUGCUCGAAACAACAAACCACUGAUAACUAACAACUGAGGAAUACAUUAGGUUAGUGAUGUCGAAACGUAGUGCUACUGUUUUUUGUCUUCGGCUGUUUAAAAAAAUAGCCUGAAGUUACUCGUCGGUUACAAAGUUGGAAUAGUUCCCGAGGAGGAAGCGUGUCUUUACAGUUUGAAUAUGUACUUCCGAUAUUUAUGUGUGUUUUAUGAUUGUUUGGACUUCCCUACUAUAAGAUAAAAUUCAAGUGGCGGGGAAGGCUGUUAUCUCGUUAAAUCAUUCACAUAUUUAAGGCCACUUCAACUUAGUGAAUGUGUGAACCACUCACACGAGAACAUUGAUUUAAACCCAGGUAAGGUGUACGAAAUAAUUAAUAAGGCACAGCUUGUCUCGACAAUUAUGGAUGCUAAGAAUAAAAUUUCGUACACGAGUCAAUUUCGAAUCGAAAAUCACUUUUAACUCAUCGAUCAACAUAUAGGUGCAGAAGCGAAUAAACGGGUUUGUUGUGAACAGAUAGUGUGUCAAAGGUUAUAGACCAAAGUCUCGAUGAAUAUCUUCACUGAUACAGUUUUUGUAAGUUAUUUACUGCAUUUACCAAGCUAAACCCCAGUUAACAAUAAACGUCGAUCUUUCAUGAUGCAUCAAGGAAAAAACCACACAGGAGGAGUAAAGAUGGCGUGCAGCUCCGUGGCGUUGGCGCUGGUGUUGUGGUUUGUGGUGCAGUUCAGCAGCCAGUCAGGCAUGUCUGCAGUGAGGGAGGCGGCAGCAACCCUCAGGACGCCAGUGGACACCAUUCAGUCCUAUCUCACUACAUACAGAGACUGGCACUACCCACUGCGAGUGAGGAGAGGUGCAAGGAAAUUGCCUCAGUUGGAGAACCGUGAGCUGGGUUCGGCCGUGACCCUAAUGGAGAGCCAGCUGAACAUGAUGGAACGGCACGAGAAAAACAUCCUGGGUUCUGAUGUCAAGGUGAAGGUGGGGACCGUGUUACACGGAGCUUAUGUGGACUCUCUGCCCUCUACGGAAGCUUUACAGCACGGCAGAGACGCCAUGGUGGUGGUACGGGCCAGUCAGCACAUCGGCAACAAGUACUGCUACAGGUUGGGAAUCGAUGACACGAACUGUGCUACCCAAGUCUCCAAGUUCUCUCUGAGCCCGACCAGUCUAGGAGUGAAGUGUGCUGCUCACCACCGCCAGGCAGUGUUCUGCUCUGAGUUGACGAGGUUUCGCUCCCUAGACGGCUCAUGCAACCACCCCCAGCACCCCGCCUGGGGCCAGGCUCUCACCGCGUACAAGCGACUGUUACCUCCGCAAUACGACGACGGAUUUCAAAGUCCCCGAGGCUCUAGAGUGAACCGAGAACUGCCCAAUGCUCGUCUCAUCAGCACCACACUGUCGGAGAACAGAGACUUGCCAGACAGCAGCGUGACUCUGGCUACUCUACAGUGGGGACUGUUUGUCGCCCAGGAUCUCUCCCAUACUGCCGUCUCUAAGAUGUGGAACACUGGAGGAAGCAUCGCCUGCUGCGACGCUAGUGGCCGGAAGCUCUCACCUCGACAUGUCCACCAGGCCUGUUUCCCCAUCCAAAUAAUGGCCAGUGACCCUGUGUUCUCCAGCCAGUACCAGACCUGCAUGUCCUAUGUCAGGUCAUUGCCAGCUCUGCGCCCUGACUGUACUUUUGGACCCCUCGAACAGCUGAAUCAAGCCACUCAUUUCCUUGACGGCUCCAUGGUGUACGGCAGCACUGCUGAGAAAGGAAACUUGCUGCGGUCCCGACAGUUUGGCCGGCUUCGCACUGUCAUACAUCGGGGACGUGAGUUCCUCCCCACUACUGAAAGUCUCACUGUCAACUGCCAUGUCAACCGCAAUGGCUCGUGUUACCAGACAGGAGACCCUCGUGUCAAUACACAACCCCACCUGGCAGUGAUGUACACAUUGUGGGUCCGAGAACACAAUCGUGUGGCCGAGAAGCUGUCAGCACUCAACUCACACUGGAGUGAUGAACGGCUAUACCAGGAGGCCAGGAGGAUUGUCAUUGCUCAAAUACAGCAUAUCACCUACAACGAAUGGUUGCCAGCUCUCUUAGGUAUCAAAUACAUGCUGUCAGAACCCUUGCUACAGCUGCAGAGAUCAAGCCGCAGUAGUCUCUACAGGGAGGAUGUGAACCCUGGAGUUAGCAACAGUUUCGCCACCGCUGCCAUUCGCUCCCUCAACUCAAUGGUGGACGAUGAAAUCAGAUUGUACAAUGAAAACCGCAGCCCCAAUCUUGUGUCUCUGCCUUUGCAUCACUUCCACAGGAAGGAGACAAUGCAUACUGAUGAUCAUCUGGACUCUCUAGUGCGGGGUUUGGCCACACAGAGUGCUCAGACCAUGGAUCUGCAUCACUCACAUAGGAUGCAGCACCGACUGUUCAGUGUGAGCAGUUCUGCAGAAAACCUGGGGCUGGACACAUUUAGUCUGGACAUCCAGCGAGGGAGGGACCACGGGCUGCCGUCAUACAACACUUUUCGAGCUAAGUGUGGUAUCCGACGUGCACGGGACUUUGGGGAUCUGGCUGACACCAUCCCUUUAGCUACGAUAAUGUCACUGAGGAUGCUGUACAAGAAUGUGAAUGAUAUUGAUCUUCUGGUGGGUGGAAUGUCCGAGUACACAGUGGAAGGCUUGCUAGGGCCUGUCUUCAAGUGUAUCAUCGCAGAACAGUUCAAACGCACUCGUGUGGGUGACAGAUUCUUCUAUGAUAAUGCUUAUGUCCCCGGUGCCUUCACUGAAAACCAACUGAAAGAGAUCAAGAAGAGCACUUUGGCCAGGAUUUUCUGUGACAAUACGAAUAAUGUCCUCACCAUGCAGCCUUAUGUCUUCUACAAGCCUGUCACACCCAGCAACGAGUUGGCUGCGUGCAGCGAGUCAUCGACGAUCCGCCGGAUGGACUUGGACGCUUGGUACGAGGAACCACCUCGCAGUGUGUUGCAGGGUCUGUGACAAUCCUGACACAACAUUGUUAAGCUGACCGAUAGUUCUAUUUGUGAAAACCAUGCAAUACACGAUACACCAAAGAUACAAAUUUUACAAUAAGCUAUUUCUUUCCAUGUACAGAAAUUUUAUACUUGAACUGUUAGUAGAUUUAAGAUUGUGUUCUUAAUCUUGUAACAUAAGUUAGGCUGUUUUAUCAUACAAUGACAGUUCAAUUAACUUAAUAAAUCAAAUGAUGGUGAGAAAGGUUAUUUACAACAUUAUUUGUUAACAUUUUAUUUUAAAACUUUUGAAUUAGGUUAAGUUCUUAUCUAAGUAAUUAUGUAUAAGUGGUUAUUAAUUGCUAAUAAAAGUACAUAAGGAAUAAUUUGACUUUAUCAUUCAUACAUUUUACUAAUUAUGCAACAGAAAGUUGUAAUUAGUGUUUUAUGCUUUUUUCUUUCUGAAUUAGUACUCAUGAUUUGUUUUAUUGGUAAAGUUAAUUUAUAAUUGUUUUAAUUCAAUAACAAAUAGUAGGAAAAUAUGUAUGCAAUAUAAUAGACUACAGAACAUUUUUUUAUAGUUGUAAAUAUGACAAGUCAUUUGCAUAUUAUGUUUCUUACACACACCUUACAGUGCAUUAGAAUUAGUUAUUGAAUUAAUUUGCAAUAAAUUCUAUUAAUGUUAGUGUAGAACUCAAAAUAUGGUCCAUUGUUGAACAGAAAUAAAUGACAGUUAAAACAUGACAGCAUUAACAGUAGAUUAAUCACAUUCGACUACAAAUAAUAGCAUGUGAAAAGUCCUAAGAAAUGAAUUGAAUGAAAUUAAAAGACGUAAAUUUUAAUUUGAAUAUUAGGAAAAAGUUUAGUAAUAAGAUUAAAAAGAAAAAUUGGUGAAAGUGCUGUUGAUAGCAGAAAAGUCAAUGGUCAUGACUAAUUGAGAAAUAACUGUUAAAGAUGCAGUUGAAAGAGUUGCCAUUCAAUAGAUGUUAAAACUUUAUUUAUAUUGCUGUAACCAUAAUUCUAGCAAUGUAUAAACCACUAAAAAGUGUAAUUUGAAAUACUGAGGACCACUGCACAUUUAGAUAAGUAACAUCUGCCAGUAGAACCUAUAUCGGGCAUGAUGUGUAACUCAAACUCACAAAGUUAGAUAUAGAUGUAGUUUACUUUUGAAGGCUUUAGGAUGUGUGUAGGUAAGUUGAUAUAGCGCCCACUAUCCCUACUCAUCGUGAUUGUAAUGCAGGAUUUCGGUAUGAAGUGAUCCCAAUCCCGCAACCCUACAAGUGGCAUGCUAAGAGUACUUCUACACCAAACUGUUCUAAUACACAUAAACAUGAUGUUUUAUAUCUACACCAAUUGUUCCAACGCUAACGAACAUGGUGUCUUAUGCCUACUCAAAACUGUUCUGACGCACAUAAACACGGUGUGUCAUAUACACAAAUAAACAUGGUGUAUUAUGUCUAUACCAAACUGUUUUGACACAAAUUAAAAUGUCUACACUAACCCUUGCAACCCAAAUAAACAUGGUGUAUUAUGUCUAUACCAAACUGUUUUUGACACAAAUUAAAAUGUCUACACUAACCCUUGCAACCCAAAUAAACAUGGUGUAUUAUGUCCAUACCAAACUGUUUUGACACAAAUUAAAAUGUCUACACUAACCCUUGCAACCCAAAUAAACAUGGUGUAUUAUGUCUAUACCAAACUGUUUUGACACAAAUUAAAAUGUCUACACUAACCCUUGCAACCCAAAUAAACAUGGUGUAUUAUGUCUAUACCAAACUGUUUUGACACAAAUUAAAAUGUCUACACUAACCCUUGCAACCCAAAUAAACAUGGUGUAUUAUGUCUAUACCAAACUGUUUUGACACAAAUUAAAAUGUCUACACUAACCCUUGCAACCCAAAUAAACAUGGUGUAUUAUGUCUAUACCAAACUGUUUUGACACAAAUUAAAAUGUCUACACUAACCCUUGCAACCCAAAUAAACAUGGUGUAUUAUGUCCAUACCAAACUGUUUUGACACAAAUUAAAAUGUCUACACUAACCCUUGCAACCCAAAUAAACAUGGUGUAUUAUGUCUAUACCAAACUGUUUUGACACAAAUUAAAAUGUCUACACUAACCCUUGCAACCCAAAUAAACAUGGUGUAUUAUGUCCAUACCAAACUGUUUUGACACAAAUUAAAAUGUCUACACUAACCCUUGCAACCCAAAUAAACAUGGUGUAUUAUGUCCAUACCAAACUGUUUUGACACAAAUUAAAAUGUCUACACUAACCCUUGCAACCCAAAUAAACAUGGUGUAUUAUGUCUAUACCAAACUGUUUUGACACAAAUUAAAAUGUCUACACUAACCCUUGCAACCCAAAUAAACAUGGUGUAUUAUGUCUAUACCAAACUGUUUUGACACAAAUUAAAAUGUCUACACUAACCCUUGCAACCCAAAUAAACAUGGUGUAUUAUGUCUAUACCAAACUGUUUUGACACAAAUUAAAAUGUCUACACUAACCCUUGCAACCCAAAUAAACAUGGUGUAUUAUGUCUAUACCAAACUGUUUUGACACAAAUUAAAAUGUCUACACUAACCCUUGCAACCCAAAUAAACAUGGUGUAUUAUGUCUAUACCAAACUGUUUUGACACAAAUUAAAAUGUCUACACUAACCCUUGCAACACAAAUAAACAUGGUGUAUUAUGUCUAUACCAAACUGUUUUGACACAAAUUAAAAUGUCUACACUAACCCUUGCAACACAAAUAAACAUGGUGUAUUAUGUCUAUACCAAACUGUUUUGACACAAAUUAAAAUGUCUACACUAACCCUUGCAACCCAAAUAAACAUGGUGUAUUAUGUCUAUACCAAACUGUUUUGACACAAAUUAAAAUGUCUACACUAACCCUUGCAACCCAAAUAAACAUGGUGUAUUAUGUCUACAGCAAACCAACUUGUAGUGUUAAGGAACAAUUGCUUAACCAAUUCUUUGACAAUUCUUUACCUACAAUAUCUUUUUAACUAAAAAUUGCCUAAUUUAAAAUAGGAUUAUUAACUGAGUUUGAUAACAAUGUAUUGUUGAUUUGUAUAUAUCAACACUAUUUUGUACAUUCCUUUAAUAUACAAUAGUAUUUUAAAUUUUGUAAAAAUCAUUAGGACAUAAGUUUUAAUUAAACUCUAAAAUGAUAAUACAAGGUCAAAACCAAUAAAUAAUUGUGUUGGUUAAACGGUCUAGUUAUCAGAAACUAAAUGUACUUGAAAUUGAUCAUAUCAUUACAAAAUUAUUUUGUUUUUGUAUUUAAAUUUUUACCUAUUUUGUGUAUUUAUUUACUAGUUUAUAACAGUAUUGAUUUUUGUAAUUAGAUAUAAGUUAUAAUUCUUGUGGCUACAUUUCAUUUUAUAUUUGAUAUAGUUGUUUCUUUUACAUUACUUUAUGUCAAAAGUUUGUAAUUAAAAUUGUAUAGUAAAAUAAUAAACAUUGUAUAUUUUUA